GACACAACGACAUACUGACUGCAGUGGGGUUUGAACCUGUGCUCCUAUGAUCCCAACACCAACGCACUAACCCACUGUGCCACAGCCUCCCUUAAGCUGUUGCUUUACUGAAUCUGUAUCUGAACACCGCAAUCAUGAGUGAAGAUGAUAAUUCAGCCUCUGCAAACAGAGACAGGGACUCCACUCUCCUGCUCACUAAAGACGGACAGAGGUACUACGUGAGUAAGAGCGGAGUAGUUGACAGCAGAAAUGUGAUAACUCCGCACGAACCGGACAACAACGCCUCCUCCUAUGACAUGGAUGAUAUGGACGAAGAGAGCGAUGUUCUGGACACUUCGGACCCCAGAGACAGCGCCGCCAGCCCAGAGGAACUGAACGACGAUGAGACCUCGGAGGGGGACAGCGCCCCCAAACAGUGCACCUAUGACGGCUGCACGGAGACCACCACGCAGGUGGCCAAGCAGCGGAAACCGUGGAUGUGCAAAAAACACCGCAACAAGAUGUACAAAGACAAGUACAAGAAGAAGAAGAAUGAUCAGGCCAUGUCCACUGGAAAAAUUGAUGAGAACUCAGAGGAGCGGCCUGUAUCAGUGAACAAACAGCGUCUGGGCGCCAUGGGGGACCGGCCAACCAGACCCUCCCUCAUAGAGCAGGUCCUCAACCAGAAGAGACUGUCCCUGCUCAGAAGUCCAGAGGUGAUCAGCUUCCUGCAGCAGCAGCAGCAGCUCCUGGCCUCACAGAGCCGCAGCCAGGCACAGCAGCAGUUCCCGGGCUGUUGACGCUGGGCAGUUUUACCUUAUUGUGAUGCAUAGAGAACACUGAAAAAACACUGGUACUGCAUUCGUAAAUAGAUAGUAACCAUACACUGUAUACAUUGAAAUCCCCAGCCAAACAGCCCUGCUUAAGAAAGAAUAAAAAGGGACAUUUUAAAGGCGUGAUGAGACUGCUGGACUAAACUACAUGAAUUGAUCUAAAUCACUUGAAAGAUAUGCAUUUCUAACCAUGUCUAGUGCUAUCUCUCUUCUAUUCUCAUUUUAAUUAUUGUAGUAGCAUUAAUUAUGAAGGCAUUGUAUUAUAAUUGUCCAGAGGCCUGUACUGCGAAUCCAGUUCAACAUACCCUGGAUAUGUUUGAGUUACCCGGUUUACCUAAUCCAAAA